CGAUUUCACCAGCUAAAGAUGCUUCUUAGUGUAAACGAGGCUCUGAUGCUCGGCACUGUUGGCACUGCUGAGCAGCGCCAUGCAGCCGCCGCCGCCGCCUCCGCCGCUCAACAAGCUGCUCCAGCCCCCUCAUACUGAUCGCUAUCUUUGUGGGUCGGUUUUGGAAAAGCUCCCCGAGCAUCUCAAAAUCAUGGACGCUUCACGCAUUGGAUUGAUGACUAUUCAUGAUGGUUUCCCUGCCGGCGCAGGUGGUGCAUUUUCAAUGGACAAUAUUAUCCCGCAAUAUCCACUAUUCCCCACCCAUCCAAUAUCUCAGCAUUUUUAUUGUCAUAUUACACGCAUUGGCCGCUUUCACCUCACCAUGUUCUGCUAUCUCGCUUUCUUCAUGCCUUCCUCUUCUUUGAGGCGGCGCUCACAAGACCACUAGCCUUAUGCAUCGCGUCAGCGACGCACCGACAUUCGUCACGUCCACGGUCUCCAAUCAGCUCGCGGCCGAGCCGCGCAAGUCGAGGACCAUGGCGACGAGUAGCUAUGAAGAUGACUACCGACAUCGAGGACUGAGCCGGACUGUGGAUGGACACCGACGCAAGACCACGAGGACAUGCUUGAGGCGCAACAUUUGCGCCUCGCUGCCUCGCGCGCACUUUCUUGCACUCACGUCAAUAUCGGCGUGAUGUGUCCAUUUCCGGUCAACGUCUCUUCCCCGACCUCCGUCUCGUCAUCCAGCGCCCUGCAGCUGACGGCGAACGACCACUUAGAUGUGGUUUCGUGCCUCGCUGCCCCCAGGACGCUCGCCGAUACACAGGCGACAUACUCUCUUCCGCCGGCCCUCGAAGCCUCUUGCCCGCCUUUGCGACGCCACUUUUGACGAAAUCACGCACCCGACACCUCGGAUGAAGGCUUCUUCGUGGAUCCCCCUCCGUGAGCACCGCCUCGGUGCCUCAUGUCUGCCACACGCGCCGCCGCGGCCUUCGGCGCCCGAUCGCCGCCACAGGUCGCCUCCGCUAUUCGUCUGGCAUGACACGCGCACAUCAUUUCGAUGAGUCCCGCAAGGCCCCCAGUCUCUUUCAAGCCUUGCGAUGCUCGACCAGGCUAGCCAUGUAUAGCAAGCUCCCCCAGCCAGGGAAGACCGGCUUCGUCUCUGUUCGCCGACUCUCCACUUUCGACCCCGACUCGCCCUGCUGCCCUGUCUGCCCUCCUGACGACCCACCGGUGCCUCCUUCGCCACCACGCCCCGUCCUCGCUCUCGGCUCUCGUCUCGUGCCUCCAUCCUCCGUGGCCCUGGCUGUGCGCGUGCUAGUUCACGCCUGCCGGUGCGUCUGCCGAGGUUCUGGAGUGCGAGUACCGGUCGAGUCCUGAGUGUGACGGUGUGCGUCGGCGGCGCAAGUCGUAGGCUAUGGUGAGUGCCAGCCGGACUCGGACCUGCUUGCGGGUCCCUGUCUACUGCGCGCGGUACGUCUUCGAGGCGUAGACUGUGGCCGGCUAACUGAGUCUGCGGCUAUCGAUCGUGAGUCGAGUACCACGGCGCGACCCUGCAGUAGACGAUGCCCUGGACCGUCAUCAUUUCCCUGCCCCUCCGCCCCCGACGCUGCUAUCCCCUCGGUCGACUCGUCACAUAUUGUAACUCGCAUACAUCCACGCUCUGUAGCACAUAGCACUAUUGUUCCACUAUUCUCAUGACGCAUGACAUGCAUCUAGUCUCACGGCUCGCUCUGGAGCUGCCCGCACAUACUCACUAUAACUACUACUACCUCGUGUCUAGACGUCUGGAUUGUCCUUUCCUGUGGCCUUCGCCAGUAGACUGCAUAGAUAGGUGAUUCGUGAUGUUCUUCGGUAGUUGUUGACGACCCCCGCAAUGACACAUAGUAUGUACUGGAAUUGUCGACUUGUGAUGACGUGGAUUGUGUUUUGAGUGAGUACGCUUUGGAAUCAACU